AGGUUUGCCUUUUGUCUGCUCCUCGACCUAGGAUGGAAAGGAAAAAGCCAGUCGGAAAGUUUUCCUUUCUGUUUAAAGUUUCUAAUUUGAUUCCUCUCGUUCUCUUUUAGGUAGCUGGUUCUCCACGUCUGGGUUUUCGAUCUGAUCCGACAAGAAAUUGCUUGGAACAUUGGAACACCGCUUCGAACACUUCCAGGAAAAAACCCGGCCUAAUCACAGAAAUGGAUUGAUCGAGCCAAAAGACGAGCCGGCAAAAAGUGACUCCCGCGGGAAGAGAGGGAAAAGGCGGAAAACUCGUGGCCUCCAAGGCGGAGGCCACCACGCCAACAUUUGUCAAAAUGAAUGGCUUGAACUUUGAUGGCGGGGGUGGGGGUGGCGGUGGAAUCGGAGGUAAUGUUGAAGGUGAGGGAAAUGGGAGUGGAUCCAGCGAAAGCCCAACGCCUCUGGUUCCUGCUUCUCAUCUCGAGUCCAUCCAUUUGUGUUCCACUGACAGCGUGCCCUCGUCAGCCGCCACGCUGUCCCAAUUAGAGCCCUCCAAAUACAUCAUAUCCCACUCAGGUCCCAUGGGUACCUCAAGCCAACAAUCCACAGCAGCGGCCUUCUUUGCGCGGACAAGAAGCAAACAACAUGGAUCUCCAUUCAAGCAGCUUAACCUUCUGCAGCAACAACAACAACAACAACAACCGGAACCAAUGGAUUCCUCAUCAACCCUUCCAAUGGAGAAGAAAAAACUCCUAUUUGAUUUUACUUCCAUCUUGGGAAAAUGCCCUCCUCCGAUUCCCCAGUCGCUACUCAAACGAAUGGAAUUGCAGCCAGACAGUGGAGGCAACCCAAAAAAUGGAACCACCAAUGGAUCUUUGGGCAAAGUGAAGGUGAUAAUGAGAGUGGCGAAUUCCGGCCUGAUCGAUGAGCGCAAGGGAUCACAUUUCAAACUUGACAAGACGAAACGGCAAGUGACGUUAUUUGAUCCCACCAAUGUCGGGAGACAAGGGGAGAACGACGAGCGAAAGGUCAAUGUAUCCGCUCCCAAGAUGUUCGUGUUUGAUGGCCUCUUCACUGAUGAGGAUACUCAGGAGGACGUGGCCUCCACUGCUCUGGUCGAUACCAUCACAAGCGUGGUCCAUGGAUCCGAUGGAUGCCUAUUUUGCUUCGGUCAUGCGAGUCUUGGGAAGAGCUACACCAUGAUUGGAAGUGAUGAGUCAAGCAAGACCUUGGGAGUGAUCCCGACAGCCAUUGCUUGGCUGUUCCGAUGCAUCAAGGAGAAGAAAGAGAAAACUUCGACUCGCUUCUCGGUUCGGGUUUCCGCGACAGAAAUCGGUGGACCGAGAGAAGAGGUGAAGGAUCUUUUGGCAAAUGUGUCUAAUGAAGGAGACACGUCAGCCAAUUUGCCAGCACCCAGCGCCUACCUACCCCGAGCUUCACACCAGGGACCCAGCCAAGAACCUUUCCAAAACAUGAGUGAACUUCGAUGUCCUUCAGCUGACAAGGCUGGUUUCUUCUUGGAUGCCGCUUUGAGUGCGAGAAGAGUUGGAGACCAAUCUGGCAAGGAUUCCCACUUUGUUUACACUCUCCACGUCUACCAAUAUUCUGUUGACAAGUCCAACAACGGAAAGAAUAGGGUUGGAGGUGGGAGUGGUGGCAACUCUGUGGGUAAUGUGAUAGGAGGCCGCUCCAGGUUACACCUCAUCGAUUUUGGAGGCUGCGAGCGAAUGAAAACCUCCACUGGCGGCAUCACGCUCUCGGCUCUGGGUCAUGUGAUAUUGGGCAUCUUUAAUGGACAAAGACACCUUCCAUUUCGAGAGAGUCCGGUCACUCUUCUUCUCAAGGAGUGCUUAGGCUCACUUUCGUGUCAGGCCACCAUGUUGGCUCAUAUUUCUCCAGCACCUAGUCAUUACUCGGAGACACUUCACACGACCCAAUUAGCCUCUCGCAUUCACAGAAUGCGUCGUAAAAAGACGAAGAGCAACGGAGGAUCGGGAGGGGGAAGUGGAUCGGGCUCCUCGGAUGAAAUGAAAAAGCUAGUCAAACUCCAUUCAAGUAGCUCCGAUUUCACCACAACCACGGAUCCUUCGUCGAGUGAGCAAUCUUGCGACACGGUCAUCUAUGUGGGCAGCAACGAUGACGAGGGGACAGAUGCUGAGCAUCCUCCCGUUUAUCUUCCCAACCUCAACAGUGGUGACAAUCGGGGGCUGAUCUCGAAAGUGCUUCGAGGCUCCACUAUCGAACGGAACAAGUCGUAUAGUCCCACAUUUUCUCCCUCGACACCACCUUGUCGAGGAAUUGGAAGCUUUGGUGGCGCCUGCCAUUCUGGUGGUAGUGGUGGUGGAGGAGGAGGAGGAGGAUCGGGGGGAAGCAGAUGUAGCACCCUUGAUCGGAAAAGACAGAAGUCCCCCCUCUCCCCUUUGAGGUCGCCUGGGCGAAAUUCACUGAGGCCUGGAUCCCUUGGUGGCACCCCCAAACGUGUUCUCAGCCAUGUCAGAGGGGGAAGUCUACCUCGAUCUAAUCCCAAGGGUAAGAUGCCUCUACAUGGAAAAGUGGCGGGAUACAGGCAACCCCCUUCCCAACAACAAGAGUGGUGGAUUGACUCCCCCACGACGAGUUUGGGUGCCCAAGUCCAAAGUGGGUCUCAAGUUUUGGUGCGCACUAUGCAAAAGACCACCCGAACUUCCGCUGAUUGGAGUGACCAACUUUACGAAGGGCCGAGCGAACGAAGGAUGAGGGGAUCCCAGCCCAUUUAUGGGUUCAUGGAUGAUCAUAAAAAGAGCAUGAUUCAACAAUGGGUGGAAUGUCAAACUGCCCAAAUGCAAGAAAACCACGUCAACGGCGGAGACAAAGGCAUCACCCGAUUAGAACAUAAAAACCCCGAGGAGCCAGAGCCAUUUGCGUGGCUAAAAGCCGGACAAAACUCUGGUGACUCUGAUCCCAACUGCAAAGUCCUAACUCAAUUCAAAACCGCUGAAAGUAGCGAGGAUAGUUUGUCGGAUAAGCAAGAUCAAGUUAUCGGCAUCACCCAAGUAGACGUCCACCACACCCAAAUCAAAGGCUCGCCCCAGAAAAGUUUUCCCAAGGCCUCUCAGUCCCAAGCGGAAGAGCCUACCCCUAUGUCAGAAGUGUCGGUCCCGCCCAGUCCGGCCAUUAGUUCCACAUCUUUGGGACCGGAAGAGGUGGAAGCCCGAGUGGAGGAGCUACUCUCCGUGCCGGAUUCGGUCGACCUUGUGGACCCAGAUCUCGAUCUGGAUCACAUUGCCCAAACGGAAAUGCAGUCUCUCUCUUUCCCCUUGGUUGAAAUUAGCAAAAAAGUCAGGAAUUCAAUGGAAGAAGGGAACCCAGGAGACGACACCCAAAGAAGAAGGAUGAGCCAAAGAGAGAAUGGGGAAGGAGAAGAUCUGGGCCCUGAGGCGUCAGCGGGGUUCCUCCCCCUUUCAUGUCAUGAACCCCGGACCAUCACUUCGUCCAACCCAUCCAAUAACACCUUGGCAAGGACAGAAACAACACAAGGCAUCAUCAACCCGAGAUCAUCCAGUUCCGCGCAAGAGUCAGCACUACUUGGUGCCCCUGCUAUCGGCACAAAGUCAAUAUCGAAUGGUCAGCCACACUCAUCCUCUUCACACUCGACGUUGUCGAGAAGGAACGAGCGAAACAUUCCAGAACAUAUCCGGUCUCUGGAUCGACUCUAUUCAGAAUGCGAGGCAAUGGUCGAGAGCCUCAAGAGGCAGAGUCGAGCUUCCUCGAUCAAAGAUGAGGAAUUGCUGGAAGGAGAAAGACCCUUGUCCGAGGCGGCAGCCUUUGUCAAUGAUCGAGGUAAAAUUCAAAUGGCCCAGGACGAUUCGAGUUGCUCGAGCACGUCGGGAUCGGAGCCAGACCAUCUUUUGCAAAAACAGAUCUCCAGUCUGGACGGACAGAACUUGCACUUUGUGAAUAAGCGCCCCGGGAAGAAUGCCAAUGGGUUUGAGGAGCUCGAAAUUCCGAGUGUUUUCCAUAAUGAGGAGUUCACCAAGAACUUUGAUCAAUUGGCCAAGUUGCAUGACUUGUACGCCAGUGUGUCGUCCAUAAGUGCGAAAAGUCAGAGUCAUUUGGAACGGCAAGAGCAGAGGCGACAACGGGGUGGUGGAGUUGGCGUUGGCGGAGGUGGAGGAGGUGGUGGAGGUGGCGGAGCUCGAGAUGAUUACCGGAACGGCUCCUGCUUCUCCUUGGGUGCUUUGAUGCUUAAUGACCCUGAAAAUGCCAACGAUCCAGCUUUGGAGUAUUCGGUGGGCAGCUCUCUCUGUGAUAUCAACAGUCUGUGCAGUGAACCUGUGAGGAUGUUUGAUUACAAUGACUUUUUCCCUCCCCCUCCGGCCUCGCUGCUAGUGGAUGAGGAAGAUAAUCUUGUUGGUGGAACCUCGAUAUCCCUCUCUGACUUGGGGCUCUUUAAUCCUGGUAAUUCUCUCUCUCUUCCCAGGCCUGAGACUCGCGGGGCUUGCGCCAGUAUGGCUAGAACGCGUGGCCCUAAUGCCACGGCAAGUACUGCAGAAAAUGGGAACACUGCAGAAUCCCAGUCCCGAGAAAUGGAACAAGAAGGAGGUGGAGGAGGAGGAGGAGGAGGACCAGAGAGAUCCGAUAGUCCCAUACUCGAGGGCAUUGACCAUGAGCUGGCAAAAUAUGCAAAGCUCAAAGAUCUAAAGCAGGCUUACAAUGUGGUUCGGCAGGAAGGACAAGAAAAGAGCCCAGACCACCAUCGUCGAGAUGGAAACAGUCAAAAACCGGAGGGAAACAAGAACCAGACCCAAAGGAGCACGACGACCGUGAGCGAAGCUGACCUGGUUCUCUCGCCUUUGCGUCAUUUGCCUGAUGGGGCCAGCAACCCUGACUUGAAUCUUAAAACUUUGAGCCACAAAGCCUCAGUUGGCGAGUCCACGUUUCUACCCAAUUCACCAUCCAUUUCUGGCUCGUCACAACACGGCGGGAGCUCCUUAGUGUCGUCUGCCAAGUCCACGGUUCUGCCUCGUCGAUCACCAGGUACUGGACAAUCGUCCAGUGGCUCAGACCAUGAACUGGACCAUGCUUUACCCUUGGAGCAUGGCGUGAACGGACCAACAAAGUCUGACCUUUGGUUGCGACGAACCUCGCCCCCCGGAACCUCUCCUAUAUUAAAAAUUGAGCCCGAAGAUCACCGUCUGGUUCAUCCCCGAUCGUUUCAAUCCAACCAGCCAACAACGCCAAGUAGCAAUUCGACCUCCAGCAAAAAAGCGAUCGUUAAUCGAGUCGUGGCCUCGGUCCCUUCCUCGCCCAGCAAGUCAGGGUCCGUCAAGCAACAAAAAGUGCCAAAGUUCAGUCGAUUAUUCAGCAGUGCCACGAAGAAGAUUUCAAGGAGUCCCCUGAAGAUUGUAAAGGGCACAAGCAGUGCCACGUCUCCGACUAACACUACCUCAUCUGUUCCGAAUUGUGAGGACAAAAACUCGAGUGAAGCGAUAAGAUGCGACAAGAAAGGUCGUAGCUCGACAGCCUCAGCCUCCGGCUCUUCCACGUGGAAGAAAAGAGAAAACUUUGGAGAGGCAACUCCUACUUUGACAUCAUCGUCAUCGCCAACAACAAAAGCAACAUCGACAACAACAGCCUUGUCUUCAACAACAACAGCAACAACAGCAACAACAACACAUGGCAAAGACCAGCAGCGCCUGGCCACAGUCAAGACCGGCACUUCGAAGAAAGGGAGCUCAAAAAACGCUCCAGGCACCUCUUCCUCCACAAAAUGCUCACUCGAACCAAUUAAGAGCAGCACAUUGAAAAAACAACCCUCCCACGCAGGAAGAAGCACACCCACCUGUGUCAUCCCGUCACCAUACUCGUUCCCAUCGGCGCCCACCAAGAACAAGCCACGUGGGGACACGAGUUCCAACGACUCUGGAAUUCACUUUGAUGACCGGGUCCGCCUCCGGGGAAGAGGUGCCGGUAAAAUCUCACAUCGAAGGGCCAACAAUAAGCAUUGCAAGAGCUCCGGCUACGAAAGCGUCGGGCUCGAGAGCGAACGCGAUAGUAUCGAGAGUCCUACCAUUGGGAACAAGACUCUUUUGGACCAUCCAUCUCCGACCAAAGCGCUGACGUUUCUUCAAUUCAAACUCCCACCCCUGAGACUGGUCCAAUAUGGGGAGGAAUAUGUCAAGAGAUUAGAUUGUCGAGCACGAUUCAAUCAGUUCCAAAAAUUGAAAUCCGAGCAACGGGCACUCAAACGGCAAAUGUCUCAGGCCAAGUCACGUUUAGGUGCGGAUCCUCGUCGAUGGAGCUAUGAGCUUCAUCUGGAGGACUCGGUGGUAUCCCAGGACAAGACCAAUCCCACUUUUGUGGAGGCUUUUGAGAAAGAAACACAAAUCCUGCGCAAGCGAGUGGCGGCUUGUCAAAGUCAUGUCAAAGUUGUGACGUGUUUUGAUGUCAAAGCUCCUUUACAAGUUUCCACUUCUCUCCAGGAGAUGAGGGAGGAGAAAUCCAAAGCAGCAACGAUUGACGGAGACGACGACGAUGAUCCGUCCGUCAGGAGGACCGAGCCAAAUCAAAGCCAAUCCUACAUGAGCGACUUGUCACCCAAUACCUUGCGGUAUUUCAACAAUUGUUGUACCACGGAAUGCGAAUCAGCGUACGAUAUCAUGCUUGCCACAACCCUCAAUCCGAAUCAGGGCCAAACCCAGGAAAGUGAACUAUUUUAAACUCGAGGAAACCGACUCGAGAAGACUGAUUUGAUGAAUCGUCUUCAGCCAGAAUGGCUCUUUCAGUUUGUUUUCCACGUUGCCAAGAACUUAUCGUCCAAAGAAUUUUCAGCCAAAGCUCGCGAUUCCCACGAGUGAUCGAGACUGGUUUUUUUUUCUUCUCCUGUAAGGGUCGAUCAGACCCCCCAAAAAUGAGCUUUGAGGGGAAAAAGAGAGAAAUUGAUGAAAAUCUGUGAUCCAAAUAUUGAUUCUCCAAUCUCAAUCAGCGGAAAUGGAAACCCUCUCAGACAGCCUUUUUUUCUCUGUUUUUGGAACAAUCAUAUCCGUGUAAAAUGGUUAUCUACUUAUUGUAUUGUACCCGUGUUAAUCCGAUGAUAUGACCUAUUUCUGGAGAUCGAACCCAUUAGAAUGUCUUUUUCUAAGUUUGCAUUGGAACUUAGCAGACCCAAAGUGACGACAUGAAUGAAUGUGUUUUUUUUCCACUGUCUUCAUAUCUCUACCAAGUGUUCGGACAAAGUCAUUUCAUAUUCAUUAUAUCCUUGUACUAAUCAUCCUCACCACAAUGCAUAUUUGAACGCGCGAGAAAAAUAUCUAUAUACAUUUGUUGAAACUCAGAA